UUGGGACGCUCGACGUCGGUUUGUGCGCAUCCGACGUCGACGGUCUAAAAGUUCUUCAUUGGCGAAGUGACCGACGCACUGACAAGUCUUCGGCACCAAAGAACGAACAGUCAGUUUAUCGCGAGCUUGUUCAGAGUGUAGUUGUGAUACUGUGAUUAAUAUUGAGAGGACAACGUGUUCGUUGGUCGCAGGAGAAUGUUUAAUUUCCUCUGUUAAAAUGUGAAUGGCCUUUCUCAAGGAUAGCUCCAUCCAUUUGCCGCAUUGACAAAAGUACUGGUAUAAUUGGAUUUUCAACUUGUACUAGAUUUCAUGUUUUAGAGUUUGGUGGCAUUUUGGUGGCAAGUUGGAAUCAAAUAGAAUUACAAAAAAACUGAGUAUCGAAUGAAAGGUGCGGUUACAAAGGCAACAAAAAUUGAUCAACUGUCAAGCAAUUUACAGCAACCUCAACAAGCAUCGUUUUGGCAAAAUGUUUAGCAACUACAGGACGGAUCGAGAAUGAGGUGUUCAACAUUUGUUCGACACAUUUGAAUCUGGUCAGAAUUUUGACGACUAUGCAUAGUACGGAAAAUGAUACUGAAUCUGGAGAAAACCAAGUGUCAACUACACGAUCGUCUAUAUCCCUGCCUACCGGUGUUACCCCUGUGUCCGUGUCUAGUGCUCCCAAUACGUUAUCUACGACUGGUAUCAAUGUACGCGAGUGCGCGGGGUGCGGAAAACGAAUUCACGAUAGAUUCCUUCUUAAGGCGUUGGACCUUUUUUGGCACGAAGACUGUCUCAAGUGCGGUUGCUGUGAUUGCCGUUUAGGCGAAGUAGGAUCUACUCUAUAUACCAAAGCAAAUUUAAUACUAUGUAAAAGAGACUACCUUAGAUUAUUCGGUACAACAGGAUAUUGUGCAGCGUGUAAUAAAAUUAUACCAGCAUUUGAAAUGGUCAUGAGGGCAAAAAAUAAUGUGUAUCAUUUAGAGUGCUUCGCAUGCCAGCAGUGUAAUCAUAGGUUUUGCGUGGGAGAUCGAUUUUAUUUAUGUGAAAAUAAAAUACUAUGUGAAUACGAUUACGAGGAAAGACUAGUUUUUGCAAAUAUGGCGUAUAAUCCAAGCAGUUUGGCUCAUAUCAGGCGACAAGUUAAUAACUUACAGCCACCGGCGGGAGGCAACCCAACCACACUCAAUGAUGGUAAAAGAGUGAUCAACAGCCCGUCCUGUUACAGCGAGAAGAAUUCGGACACGGUUCUGCAGCCCCACGGCCAACUGCGACAGCCCAUUAGCCUCGGUGAACUACCGACCGCACUACACCAUAUUCAGCAGACCAUCCCUCAGCAAUUCCAUACAGCAUCGCACCACCUUCGUGGCGAUGACGUUUCUAGCGGUUACGGCAGUCCAGAUUCAGACACUUUCGAGACCCAGUGACAGCAGCUGCACGGCGCCAUACGUGGGGCGCCCCUUGUGAACGGAGGACGCCCUUUGAACACCAAGGGCAAGCACCGGAGGAAAGCUAACCAUACCUAAUAUCAUUGUUUUGUUUUGUUUUUUGUAUAAAUUAAAUUGUAAAUAAAUUAUUUAAAUUUAUGUUAUUACUUCAAUGAAUGAGAAAUUAAACAUAUAUACUUGA